CAAGCUGCGCGCUGAGCAGGCUCCGACUGCUGGGGCGAUGAGCAGCAGUUGACUGACUAGGUUUUGGGGCUACUGCAGUUAGCAUGAGCAGGUGCGGGCUUUUCCUGCGCAGGGCGGCGGCGGCGGGGCGAGCCUGCCGGGCUCUCGUGGCCUUCACGGCGAGUCGGCGCCCGCUGCGAACCAGUCCCCAGAGUCGAGCUUUCGCCAAGGAGCUCUGCUUGGGCAAAAUUGAGAAGAACGGAGUUUUCCCAUUUCCAGAAGUGAGCCAAGAUGAACUUAAUGAAAUCAAUCAGUUAGUGAAACCUGUCGAAAAAUUCUUCAUCGAAGAGGUGGACCCUCAAAAAAUUGACCGGGAGGGAAAAAUCCCAGAUGACACUUUAGAGAAACUGAAGAGCCUGGGGCUUUUUGGGAUGCAGAUCCCAGAAGAAUAUGGUGGUCUGGGCCUCUCCAACACCAUGUAUGCGCGGCUGGGGGAGACCAUCAGCCUGGAUGGGUCCAUUACCGUCACCCUCACGGGGCACCAGGCCAUCGGCCUCAAGGGGAUCAUCUUGGUUGGCACCGAGGAGCAGAAGGCCAAAUACCUGCCCAAGCUGGCAUCUGGGGAGCAUAUUGCCGCCUUCUGCCUCACAGAGCCAGGCAGUGGAAGUGAUGCCGCCUCCAUCCAGACCAGAGCCACGUUAAGUGAAGACAAGAAGCACUACAUCCUCAAUGGCUGCAAGGUCUGGAUCACUAAUGGAGGUCUGGCCAGUAUUUUCACUGUGUUUGCAAGGACUGAGGUGGCCGAUUCCGAUGGCUCAGUAAAAGACAAAAUCACAGCAUUCAUAGUUGAAAGAGACUUUGGUGGAAUCACUAAUGGGAAGCCUGAAGACAAAUUAGGCCUUCGGGGUUCCAACACUUGUGAAGUCCAUUUUGAAAACACCAAAGUGCCCAUCCAAAAUGUCCUUGGAGAAGUUGGAGGUGGCUUUAAGUUGGCCAUGAACAUCCUCAACAGCGGGCGCUUCAGCAUGGGCAGCAUAGUGGCUGGAAUGAUCAAGAAAUUGAUUGAAUUGACUGCUGAAUAUGCCUGCACAAGAAAGCAGUUCAACAGGAAACUGAGUGAAUUCGGAUUAAUCCAGGAAAAGUUCGCUCUGAUGGCUCAGAAGGCUUACGUGAUGGAAAGCAUGGCCUACCUUACCGCGGGGAUGCUGGACCAGCCAGGGGUUCCAGACUGCUCCAUCGAGGCAGCCAUGGUGAAGGUGUUCAGCUCCGAGGGUGCCUGGCAAUGUGUGAGCGAGGCACUGCAGAUCCUGGGGGGCUUGGGCUACAUGACGGACUACCCCUAUGAGCGCAUGCUGCGCGAUGCCCGCAUCCUCCUCAUCUUCGAGGGAACCAACGAGAUCCUCAGGCUGUUCAUUGCUCUGACAGGCCUGCGGCAUGCUGGCCGCAUCCUGACCGGAAAGAUGAAUGAGCUUAAGUGGGGCAAUGUGGGCGUAGCCAUGGGGAUCAUUGGCCAGAAGCUUCGGGACGCUCUGUGCCAAACCGUGAACAUGGGACUGACAGGCAAACUUGGACUGGUGCACCCUAGUCUGGAGGACAGUGCAACCAAGCUUGAGCAGAACGUGUAUUACUUUGGCCGAACUGUUGAGUCACUGCUUCACCGCUUUGGAAAGAGCAUCGUGGACGAGCAGCUGGUGCUGAAGCGGGUGGCCAACAUCCUCAUCAACAUGUAUGGCAUGACGGCUGUGCUGUCACGGGCCAGCCGUUCCAUCCGUACUGGGCUCCGGGACCACGACCAAGAGAUUCUGUUGGCCAACAUGUUCUGUGUGGAAGCUUAUUUUCAGAAUCUCUUCAGCCUCUCUCAGCUGGAAAAGAAUGCUCCAGAAAACCUGGAUAAGCAGACUAAGAAAAUAGCCCAGCAGAUCCUCGAAAAGCGAGCCUACAUCUGUGCCCAUCCCUUGGACAGGAUGUCCUGAGGCAGGGACAGUGCUGCUUCCCGCUCCCAGGCCACAGCUGAUACCAGACAGCACGGAGAACCCAGGGCCAUCCCAGCUGGAGUCACUGUUACCAGUGUGCACUGGAAGGGCUUCCUCCUGCCCCAGGGCCUUGGCUGGCUCUGCCCUGCAGCCUGCAUCUGACUGGAUUACAGCUGCGGAGAGUGAGAGCAUCGAUUUGCACUGCAGCUGUGGGACAUUCAAGACACCACAGGCUGGGGAUUUAGCUCAGUGGUUCUGGCGCCUGCCUCACAAGCACAAGAUCCCGAGUUUGAUCCCCGGUACCAAAAAAAAAAAAAAAAGACACCACAGUGGUGGCACCAGGCUUGCAGGGCUCAGCUGAGGCAGGGUAGUCAUUUCUACCGCACCACAGGCUAAGAAACAGUUUGGAAUCUGCGGCUGAGUCACACACAGAUACUAGGAGCAAAACGCAUUUUCAAAUGUGUCAGCCAUUUAACAAAAAAGAAUAUCCAGUGCUCCAAUUUGUGUGUCCCUUUCUAGCCUUACUAAACUAAUCACAUUCUCUCCCAGAACUGCCUGUGAGUAGCUAGCAGCACACCCCUGAGAGCCACUCUCUGGCAAUGCCUUCUGGUCCCCUCUAGCCCCAUUUUGGGAGAGGAGGAGCUGAACACCAACAGGUAGUGCACAGCCACAGGGCUUGUGCCAGAGCCCUAGCCUUUGACCCCUCUCAGGUGAAGGGGAAACUGCACUGCCCGGAGUAUACAGCGUCUGCUUAUUUGCAAGGAUUGGCCUCACUCUUGAAGAGAGAGUGGCAAGGUAUCUUUAGGUGGCACUAACAGGGCUUUGCAUUUCCUCAA